AAAACGGCAACAAAAAAAAACUUGUUUUGGACCAAUGAUGCUAAUUCAAAAUGUUUUCAAUCAACAUAACAAUUCUCCAUUUUUGUAAAUUUGUUUUAUCCAAAGAACAUGGAUCACUUUUGAAAAAGAGAAGUAGUUGCAUAUUUGUAUUCAAGUGUUGAGGGGCGGAAGUUUACGAUUUAAAAUAGUUGCUUACUUGACCACUAUAUCGUCCUCACUCGUUUUCGCCCUAACCCCAAAUCUGACUCCAAAUCUGCAGUUAAAUCCAGUUUUUCAUCAUUUCAUGAACCCUAAUUCAUAUCGGAAUAUCCUUCAGAAUGGCAGAGCCAAUCAUACUCCUCUCACCAAGAUUCCAUAUGCUUCUGCUAUGAAACAUCCUGAUUCUGCUAAAGAAAGCUCGAGUAGUGCUACUACAAAAACCCCUCCAGUUGAGCCAUCUGUAUCCCCUGAAAUCCAAUCCAGCUUGUAUCGAUCUGUUCAUGUUUCAGGAGCUGCACCUUCUACAUGUUAUGCUGCUGGACAUGUGAUUUCUGGUGUCACUGACAGAAGAAAAUGCAAAGCUAGAGGGAUUCUUUCAGCUGGAAGAAGUAAACCCCCUGAACAUGACAUUUUUGAAAAAACUAGUCCUUCUUUGAUGAUUCCUUUUCCUACUGAAGCUUCAAUUAGUUGGCAUUUAUCACCAAUUUAUGUACACAACAAUGACAAUGACAAUGAUGAUGAUGAUGAUGAUGAUGAUGAUGAUGUUGGAAAAGGCGAUUACUCAAAAGGGUUGUCUUCAGUUUCUCCUCAUGAUACACCACAAGAAGAGAGAAUAUUGUCAUUGGAUUUCAAUGGAGAAUGUUCUCCAUUUUCAGCUGAAAUUUUGAGUAGUGGGAAUGUUAUGCAAACUCCAAACUCAGAUUCAAGCUUUGAAGGUGUUCAAUUGAAGUAUAAGUUUGAAUCUGAAUUUGAUCAGGUGAAAGAGAAAGAUGUUCUUGAACAUGAAAGGUUAACUCCUAAAGGUAACUUAUCACCAUGGGACCCACCUAGGUCAAGUUCUGAGUUUUCAGAUCUAUCCCCACUUUCCAAUCCUGCAAACACUAGUCAUGAGUCAUGGAUUUCCAACUCAACUUUGUCAGAAUCACAGAUGCGUGUAUCUUGGAGAGAUGAAGUCACUUUUGAUAAAGAUGAUUUAGAUUGCUGUAGAUUGUUGUCAGAUGAAGAAAUUGAUGAGAAUGGAUUGCUGAAGUCUCCUAAGUUGUUUGAGCAUCAUGGAAAGGAGAAAGAAAGUUUGUUUCCUACUCGAAUCAAUCCUUGUGAGGAGUCUAUAUGCACUGAUGAUGGUGGAUUGACUAUAUCUGUUGACUCAGACUGGAGUCUACACUACAAAAAACCAGUCAUUUGA